AGUCGGGAGCCGAGCCCGCGGCAGACGCAGCCGUGCCGCGCCAUGGCCGGCCGCCGCCUCCUGGGGCUGCUGCUGGCCUUCGCCGCGCUGCUGGGCGCAGGUCACGGGGAUGGCACAGAUGACUUGAACCUAGAGGAUGCCCUGUUGGACCCCGUCACCAGGAGACCCACUCCCAAGGGCCCCAGGAAGCCAGCAGGUGGGACAGGUGGGACAGACUUGGAUCUGGCUGAUUUCUUUGACACGCCUGUGGAGACAACCACCAAGCCAGCCAGGCCCACUCCCAAGCCCUUCCCCAGGCCAGGGAAGCCAGACACUGGCUUUUGGGAUGUCAUUCGCACCACCACCACCAAGCAGCCAAAAACUACAAGAGCCCCUCCUAAGCGUAACCCAGAAAAGGGUCCUAUGGAUUUUGACUUGGCUGAUGCCCUUGAUGAUAAGAACGAUAGGAAAGAUCCUGGGAGGCCGGACAUAAGGCCAGGUGAAGGGUUUUCAGACGAUGACCUGGCCAGCAUCGUGGAUGGUGGCUACAGCCCAGACAAGAAGAAGGGUGCCAGCGGCAGCACCGACAACAACGACUACAGCGGAGUGGCAGAGACCGGGACAAUCGCCGGCAUCGCCAGCGGCCUGGCCAUGGCGCUCAUCGGGGCCGUCUCCAGCUACAUCUCCUACCAGCAGAAGAAGUUCUGCUUCAGCAUCCAGCAGGGACUGAACGCCGAGUACGUGAAAGGAGAAAACAUGGAAGCCGUCGUGAGCGAGGAGCCCCAGGUUAAAUAUUCAGUCCUGGAAACGCAGUCAGCAGAGCCACCAAAACAAGACAGCGCGAAGAUAUAAAGCGUGACCCAGGGCUAGAAACUAAUCAGUCAGCAGCAACAGAGAUCUUAACGUGCUUGUAAUUUAGCUUUUAAUUUAAUUGACUCCAAAGCUAUUUAAUGUGUAUUUAAGCUUGAACUGGCUUUUUAUUGCUCUAGGCUUUAGGGUUAGACUGGUAGCAUGUGUUUAUUUUUUGUGAAGAGGUUUAUGUUUACAUUGAAGCAGUAGUGUAGGAUUGGUGUGCAGGUGGAUGGAAAUCCACAUGAGGUGCUUCAGCUGUGGUCACUUUUCAAGAGCUUACAGGUGUGAGGGCAGUGAAGUGCCUGUAAAUAGCAAUCCAAAGCCAAACCCUGCAAAGCGCCUCAGCCACCUUCUGCCUUCAGCUCCGGGCAGUGUCACUUCAGUGGUGGGGACAAAGCUGCACAUUCCCUGAGGGUGGAUCACAGUCCUUUGUGUAGCUACACCUAAAAUGAAGUGCCUAUGGUGGGUCCUUGUGUGGGGCCUUGGGCUGAGCCAGGUGACUCCCUGCUCCCAAGCCAGGAGUUGAGGAUGCUUCACCACCACCACCCAGAGCUCAGCUUGCAGCCAAAGGACCUGAUUUUCACACCAAGUCACAAAUACACUUGAUAAUGUGUGUGCAGUGUUCACCUCUAGCAAAUGCCAUUGGAAUGCUCCACUGUGCUGUAGAUCAGAAUGGAACUGAAGGGAUACAGUUUGUCUUAAGCUGCACCAGGGGAAGUUUAGGUUAGACAUCAGGAGAAAAUUCACUGAAAGAGUGAUUGGGCACUGGAAUUGUCUGCCCAGGGAGGUGGUAGAGUCACUGUCCCUGGACUUGUUUAAAAAAGACUGGAUGUUGUUGCUAUCU